AUGCGUUUACUAAAUAAUAUUCUCUAUGAAUUGGGACCUAUUCGUGUGUCACUUACACACCGGCCUUAUGAGGUUACCUCUAUUAUACAGUUCCUCCCCCUUCCGCCAUCUCAAUUAUACUUCUACUGUAGAUCAAGACAGGAAUGGAGGAGCGUAGCUGAUCACUUCGCAAUCAGGUGGAGGAUUGGAGUGCCCCCAGAGGCUAAUUGCUGCGUCUACAUGUUUGGACGACCACAGGAAUUAUUUCCAUUGGAAGUAAUUCAAGUGGAGGCACCUGAUGUCUCGCAACGGAUGGUUCUACCACAUCACAUCUGGUAG